AUGGUCGACUUCGGCUUCGGCAGGCGGAGUCUCAGUCCCGCCAGCUGUUGCGGCUACUUCGUAGAGAUGUUCGAUUUGUUCAUUGUCCUCCAGGUGCUUGAAAGGGAUGGCGUAAAGACCACACGCAUUGUCGAUUGCCUGCUUGAGCCACAGAGGACCAUCCUCGCUGUCGCCUUCGUGACUGCCUGGGCGUUCUUUCUGAUAAACGGGGUUGUCUGGCAGGACGAGGAUGAGCGCGAGUGCAUCGCCGCACCCCUCAUCAAGCGAAUAAACGUCAACAAAUUGCAGACUUUUGGAAACCCCUAA